AUGGUGGACCUGUUCGUUGACCGGGUCCUGGUGAAAAACAACAAGGACCAGGAUGAGCUGGACACAGAACGAGAGAUCGUCAUGCGCCUGCAGAACCGCAUCCUGAUGCUCUUCUUUGCAUCUGCUGCAUGUGAGAGCUGCCAGCAGUUUGCUCCCACGCUCGCCGACUUCUUCAAAAGAUUGACAGAUGAAUUUUAUGUGGACCGCGCUGCUCAGCUUGUUCUCCUGUAUAUUAGUUUGGACCAGUCAGAGGAACAGCAAGAAAGCUUCCUCAAAGAGCUGCCCAAGAAGUGCCUGUUCCUGGCCUAUGAGGACCCCUACAGGAGGGAGCUGGAGGCCAUGUUUAAUGUGCAGGAGCUACCCACAGUGGUGGUGCUGCGGCCCGACUGCUCCAUCCUCAUCCCGAAUGCAGUGGAGGAGAUACUCGGCCUCGGCCCGGGCUGUUACCGUAACUGGCAGGAAGCGGCGGAGCUCAUUGACAGGAACUUCAUGAUCAAUGAGGACUUUGAGGAGAAGUCCAUGCGAAGCUUGAGUGACCCGGUGAGAAGGCUGAAGUACAAGGUGGAAGACGAGAAGAAGAAGAACAAGCAGAAAAAGCGCAAAGGGUGGGGUAGAGGUGGAGAGGAAGAUGCAGAGGUGGAUGGAGGAGGGCCUUCAUGGUGAUGGAGGCCAAGAACAAGAGGACAAGACUGAGAGUUUCUC